GGGCGUUCGUGGUUUGUCAGAUUCAGAUUCACGCGGGCUGUUGAUUUUAAAACUGUAGAAAAAGUUUCGACCGAACCCCGCUGUUAAAACACUUGGAUCGGAAUUAACGUGGGAACAAACGUACCUCACCGGGACCUGGAGAUAACGGCUCGUCUUUCGGGAACAGAGGCGGAAUGGCUGAGCGGCCAGAGGACCUGAAUUUGCCCAACGCUGUGAUAACGCGUAUUAUCAAGGAAGCGCUCCCCGAUGGAGUGAACAUAUCCAAAGAGGCCAGGAGAGCCAUCUCGCAGGCUGCCAGUGUCUUUGUCCUGUAUGCCACAUCAUGUGCAAACAACUUUGCCAUGAAAGCCAAGAGGAAGACUCUGAACGCGGGCGACGUGCUGGCGGCCAUGGAGGAGAUGGAGUUUGAGCGCUUCCUCCAGCCACUGAAGGAGUCGUUGGAAGCGUACAAGAAGGGCCAGCGGGGGAAGAAGGAGGCCUCGGAGCAGAAGCGCAAAGACAAGGAGAAGAGGAACGAUGGCGAGGACCCCGACAAGAGCCGGGAGGAGGAGAACGAGGAGGAAGAGGAGGAGCGCAUGGAGGAGGAGCAGGAGGGAGAGGAGGAGGAGGUGGAAAACUAAAUCUCUCUUCCCACCCCACCCCCCGCCUCCUCCCCCUCCACUGCUGUCAGGACCGACUGCUGUGAAGCUUAAGUAACUUGAGAAAGAGCCAGAUUGAGGAUAAGUUAUAAUGGGCCGUAGAGUCUACUUUAAAACCCAGGCUCUUGCCAAUUAACCUGGUGGCUAUUGGACCACGUGUUCCAUUUAGAUAUGCUCCAUCAACCAUGCAGUCGGCUCCUGCCCCAUAAAAGCUCAACCAUAGUUGCGUUAUUGACCGUUCUCAACAGGGGCUCGUUCGAUACUGCGGGUAUAUGUGAAAUGAGCUAUUGUUUUGCUUAAAUUGUGCUAUUUUUCGGCCCUUUAUAAAGCAUACUUCCUAUGGCAUAAAACUAGUUACUUUUAAAAUGGGCUGUAGUCUGAUCACAAUAUUGCCAAUGUGUUCUGAGUACAACCCGUUAACAAAAAUGACAGGCAUCACUGUACUAGGUAAGCUAAAAUGUAAUGGGGUGUGUCACUGUUAUUUCAAAAGAAGGGCAUUGAACUGAUAAUUUGCUGGCAGUAAAGCUACAUAUGGCUUUCAAUCUGAGCUCCAGUAUUUUCCCUAAAUUUCACUAAGCCAGUGCCUUAGAAAUACUGAACUAUAAAGUUGCAAAAAACUGAAUUUGGCACCCAUGAUUUUUUUUUUUACUUCUAAAAUGAGUUUUUUUAAAGCAGAAAGCUUAAUUGUUCUAUUAUGCUUCGGUCUGUAAAAUGCUCUGGUAUUGCAGCUAUGAGAGACCAGUACUUGGAAUGUUUUGGAGUUUGGCAAGGUGCUAAGAUUACAUACUGGACCUGACAGCAUGCAGCCAAAAUCCUGCUUUUGAAGCGCACAUUAAAAGGUAAGCUAAAAACACGAUAAUGUGAACUCAAGAAAUGAUCUCGAGUUAACUUGCAUCAGGCAAAGCUAAACUGAGUCGUUAACAGCUUAACAAUAGCUUGUUCAACUGCUUUCAGAGCAUGGUUUUUCUGGGUUCCUUCAUGGUUUUGCUAUUGGUGCAACCACUAGCCUAACCUUGGAAAGCAGUUCAAGUUAACAUUUUUGCAGGGGAUACAGUAGUUGAGGUAGUUCACCUCAUUUCCUCCCUUCUUACUUUUUGUGUUCUGGUAAGCAACUUUCUAUGUAUUGGUGAUCUGACUGCUGUUCACAUUUACUGAAGUUCUUAGAUGUUUGUAUGAUUUUGUAAUAAAUUUGUAUAUAAAAGGU